AUGUGCAUCAUCGUGGACAACAUCGACAGUAACAAAGAUGGAUUCAUCACCGAGGACGAACUGAAGGUUAUGAUCCGAGACGCUCAGAAGAAACACACAAGCAAACAAGUCGAGCGUCAGUGGAACGAUUCCGACGUGAACAAUGACAGUCUGAUCGGCUGGUACCGGUUUAAGAACGUCACGUACGGCAGUUAUAUGGACAACCCUCAGAUAGAAGCAGAAUAUAACUUUACCCACAUGAUGCUGAGGGAUGAGAGAAGGUUCAGAGUCGCAGACAGGAACAGAGAUUCAUCAGCAGACAAACUCCAGUUCACGGCUUUUCUUUAUCCUGAAAGUUACGAACACAUGCAGGACGUCGUGGUGCAGGAAACGAUAGACGACAUCAACAAAAGCGGAGACGGUUUCAUUGACCUGAACGAGUACAUCGAGGACAAUGUAAAAGAUCCAGAUUGGGUGGAGACAGAACGUCAGCAGUUCUCAGAGCUCAGAGACAAAGACAAAGACGGGAAGAUGGACAGACAGGAAACUAUGGAGUGGAUUCUUCCAUCUGAUUCCAUACACGCUGAAUUUGGUGCCAAACACCUGCUGAGCGAGUUUGACACCAACUAA